AUGGCAGAAUCGAAAUCAGAGACUGAAUUUAAGAUCCAGCCCGAAGCCAUUUCGGCUAGCAAAAUCAACACUGAAGAAUGGCCUUUGCUGUUGAAAAACUUUGACAAGCUUCUUGUCCGUACUGGCCAUUAUACUCCUAUCCCUUGUGGUAGCAACCCUUUAAAGCGCCCAAUUGCUGACUAUGUCUCCUCUGGUGUGAUGAAUCUGGACAAGCCAGCAAAUCCAUCUUCUCACGAAGUUGUCGCCUGGGUGAAAAAAAUUCUUCGUGUCGAGAAGACUGGCCACAGUGGUACUUUGGAUCCCAAGGUCACUGGUUGCUUGAUUAUUUGCAAUGACCGCGCCACUCGUCUUGUAAAAUCCCAACAAAGCGCUGGUAAGGAGUACGUCUGUAUUUUGCGUCUUCACGAUGCUAUCGAGAACGAGCGCAAGCUUGCUUCCUCUAUCGAGACCCUCACCGGUGCCUUGUUCCAGCGUCCUCCUUUAAUUUCCGCUGUUAAGCGUCAAUUGCGUAUCCGUAGCAUUUACGAAUCCAAGUUGGUUGAAUUUGACGAAGAUAGAAAUCUUGCCAUCUUUUGGGCCAGCUGUGAAGCUGGUACGUACAUGCGUACCCUUUGUGUUCACCUUGGUCUUUUGCUUGGUGUUGGUGCUCAUAUGCAAGAACUUCGUCGUGUCCGUUCUGGUUGUUUGUCUGAAAACGACGACAUCAUUACCAUGCACGAUAUCUUAGAUGCCCAAUGGGUUUAUGACAACACUCGUGAUGAAUCUUACUUGCGUCGUGUCAUUCGCCCCUUGGAGUCUCUCCUUGUUGGCUAUAAGCGUGUUGUCGUUAAAGACAGUGCUGUGAACGCUGUUUGCUACGGUGCCAAGUUGAUGAUUCCUGGCCUUCUCCGCUAUGAGUCUGGCAUCGAAGUAAACGAGGAAGUUGUCCUUAUGACCACUAAGGGUGAAGCUAUUGCUGUCGGUAUUGCUCAAAUGUCUACUGUUGAGCUUUCGACUUGCGACCAUGGCGUUGUUGCCAAGGUGAAGCGUUGCAUCAUGGAACGUGAUCUUUAUCCCAGACGUUGGGGUCUUGGUCCUCAAAGCAUGAAGAAGAAGAGUAUGAAGAAGGAUGGUAAGCUUGACAAGUUUGGCCGUCCCAACGAAAAUACCCCUUCCGAAUGGUCCAAGAGCUACAUUGACUACAACGACCCUAAUGCUCCUGCUGCUACUGCAGUGGCUGCCCCAACUCCAGUUCCCGAGGCUGUUCCUGAGCAUGCUCCUGCCGUUGAAGCUGAUGCCGAGAAGAAGGACGAGUCUUCUAAGAAGCGCAAGUCUGAAUCUGAAGACGAUGACGCUGCCAAGAAGGAGGAAAAAAGACGGAAGAAGGAAGAAAAGAAGGAAAAGAAGGAAAAGAAAGAAGACAAGAAAGAGAAGAAGGAGAAGAAAGACAAAAAGGAAAAGAAAAAGUCAGAGUAA